GUUUAUCAAUAAUUCACUCCCUUUGAAAAUUUGCACCAUUUGUAACGAUUGUUCAACGUUUUUGGGAAAAAAUGUUUUUUGGUCUCAAAAUUUGGCAAAGAGUGACAACCACCUGGUACUAGCAGAAAGCAUCAACAACAACAACACUGUUGAGCAGAGGUACAGAUACAAUAUGUGACAGUGUGUGUGAAGAAAUAUGUUGUGAUUUGUACAAGCAUAUGCGAAACCACUCUUGAGAGAAAACUAUUGCUUUGCAAACAUUAUUUUUACAAACCAGUGACUUUAAGUUUGGUUUGUGAAUAUUCCUAUAUUGGAAAAUGCGAACUCAAAGUUAUGAAGAUAUUAUUUUAUCAAUCAUUGUAGAAAAUUAUUAACCUCAAAAUACACUUGUCAAUACUGUGUGUCAGUGUGUUUUAAAUCAUUUCCUUGUAGAUUCAAUCUUUAAGUAUAUAUAACAAUGUUGACUACUGAGGAAAAUUUCAGAUGCAAAAUAUGUGAUUGCUUACUUGCGGAUAGCAGUAGUCUAAAAACACAUAUGACAAUUCACACUGGUAAAAGGAAUUAUGAAAAAUGCAAUAUGCCACCGUUCAUUUUCGCAAAGUAGUCAUCCUAAAACACAAAGAUCAAUACACACUGAAGAUAUGAAUCAUGAAUGUGAAAUAUGUGUACACAAAUGUCAUCUUAAAAAGCACAUGAAAAAAUACACUGGUGAAAAGAACUAUGAAUGUGAAAUGUGUGAAUAUUCCACUUUGCACAGAAGUAGUCUUAAAAUGCACAUAAGAGUACAUACUGGUGAGAAGAAUUAUAAAUGUGAACUUUGUCACCGUUCAUUUUCACAAAGUGGUAAUCUUAAAACACAUAUGACAAUACACACUGGUGAGAUGAAUUAUCAAUGUGAAGUAUGUCACCGUUCAUUUUCUCAUAGCAGUAAUCUUAAAAGACAUAUGAUAAUACACACUGGUGAGAAGAAUCAUGAAUGUGAAGUAUGUCAUAGUUCAUUUUCUCGAAGUGGGGAUCUUAAAAGACAUAUGACAAUACACACUGGCAAGAAGAAUCAUAAAUGUGAGGUAUGUCAUAGUUCAUUUUCUCAAAGUGGAGAUCUUAAAAGACAUAUGACAAUACAUACUGGCGAGAAAAAUCAUAAAUGUGAAAUAUGUCGACGUUCAUUUUCUCAUAGCAGUAAUCUUAAAAAACAUAUGAUAAUACACACUGGUGAGAAGAAUCAUACAUGUGAAAUAUGUCAUAAUUCAUUUUCUCGAAGUGGAGCGCUUAAAAGACAUAUGACAAUACACACUGGUGAGAAGAAUCAUAGUCUUAGAUGUGAAAUAUGCCAUAGUUCAUUUUCUCAGAGCAGUAAUCUUAAACAACAUAUGACAAUACACACUGGUGAGAAGAAUCAUGAAUGUGAAAUAUGCCAUCGUUUAUUUUCUCAGAGGGCUCAUCUUAAACAACACUAUGGCAAUAACACACUGGUGAGAAUAAUCAUAAAUGUGAAAUAUGUCAUAAUUCAUUUUCUAAGAGCAGUAAUCUUAAACAACAUAUGACAAUACACACUGGUGAGAAGAAUCAUAGGUGUGAAAUAUGUCAAAAUUCAUUUUCUCGAAGUGGAAAUCUUAAAAGACAUAUAAUGACAAUACACACUGGUGAGAAGAAUCAUAAAUGUGAAAAUAUUCCAUAAUUCAUUUUCUCGAAGUGGAGAUCUUAAAAACAUAUUACAAUACACACUGGUGAGAAGAAUCAUAAAUGUGAAAUAUGUCAUAGUUCAUUUUCUCAGAGCCACCAGCUUAAAAGACAUAUGACAAUACACACUGACGUGAAG